UCCAAAAAUGACGGUGUUCGUAGGCCUUUGGUGGCCGGUUCAGUAAAGUCCAAGGAUAGCCAGGCGUAUACAGAGGACAUAAAGCGUGAAUUCACCUGUCUCCAGGAGCGAUUCGAGACGGCCCUUUCUCCUCUCUCCAAUGGCAUCUCAGAACGACGCGAUGUUCCUGCCAGCAGCAAGACCUCUGCCAGACAGUUGCAGACCUCGACUGUCCACGCAGCCGGGCCUCGAUUUGAGUCCGCUCGCGACACGAUCCCUGAAAAGCCGGUCGCCUUAAUGCGAAUCAUCAAUGCCGACCAGUCGACUGCCUCCGGAGCUCGAGUCCGUGUUGUGACCGGGUCAGUUCAGUCUGUGGAACCGGAACACUCUGCUGCUGAACUCACACCUAAGCCCGUGAAGGUGAUCACUUCGGGACUGGGCACGCCAGUGGCCAACGCGCGCGAAACCCUAAACCGAGACUUCGCGGGAUAUCGAAAGAUGCCGUGGAAUCGCUAG